AUGGAUGCGCCUGAGGCUGGCCAGGAGCGACCAGGUUCACGCCAACGUGCCAGCGAACGAGCAGGGGAGUUGUUCUCAGACUUUGCACAGGAAGACGGAACGCUGGCGGUGACCGCGCUGGGUGACCUCCUUUCCGCUGUGGACGUUAAUAGCUCCCCGGACACAUGCAUGCGGGUGGUCAACACACUUGCCGGACCUCACGCAGAGAGCAUGACAAGGGACCAAGCGCUUGCCGCUGUGGGGAUGAUCUCCACCACCCAGGAAAGCACCCCUGGAGAGGCACAUCAACAACAACAACAGCAGUUCACACAACAACAGUUCAUACCACAGCAGCACGCAAGUCAGCCGCUUCCUCAGUCUCAGCAGCAGAUGCUAGGUCAGGCUCAGGGAGGCCAGACCGGUGCCCUGCAUUUGGACGAGGCUGUCGUACAAUACAUGGCGAAACUUGAGGAGCACCGCCGUAAAUGUGAGGUCGAGGGGCGGUAUCAAGAGGCCAAAUUGGCGUCGCGGCGGCUGGCGGAUCUGAGAACAGCGCAGGUGGACAGUCUUCGUCAGGAGCUGGCUUGCAAGCAGGCCCGGGAGCUGGAGGAGGUGCACGCGGUGUACGAGGAGGAAACCGCCAAGUUCCACCAGCUCUGGGACCAGAGGAUGAAGGAGUACGGGGCCAAUGUGACCAAGGCCCUGGAGGACCUCAAGUCCAGUCACACCACCCAGCUGGCCGCCUACGUGGAGGACCUGCAGCGCAAGAAACCCACACGCGCACGCCCCUCCCGCGACUACCUGGUGCAGCGGGAGAUGCAGGACAAGCUGGUCAAGGCCAAGCUGUACGGCAGGGCUACUAAGGUCAAGAGCAUGGCGGAUGAGCUAUACCAGGCGGAGCUCGAGACCACGGUCGCUGCCUGGGAGGCGGAGUCCAAGCUCAAGAUCGCCAAGCUGCAGUCCAAGCAACAGAAUGAGUACGAGGUGCUGCUGCAGAGAGGCGCCAAGGGCCGGGAUGAGCUGGAGCUCAAGAGGCUGGCCGAGACGGAGCGCCGUACAUUGCGGUUUCGGAACAUCGUGUCGGAGUUAGAGCAGCUGCACAAGCUGGAACUCGCCCACCUGGAGAACUUCCUUGAUGCCCAAGUCCUGGCCGGCAAGGCCACUCCGCUCAAGGACCCAGGGGCAUUUCGUCGUAAGCGGGAGCAGCUGUUCAGCCUCUCCCUUUCCUGA